CGGUCUGGUCCAUCGUCGUCUCCACAGCGCGUCCGUCCUCCUCCUCUCAUUCUCUCUCUCUUUCUCUCUUUUUCUCUCUCCCUCUCUCUCUCUCUCGCUCUUUCGCUCGCUCCCUCGCUCGUUUGCGCUUCCGCACGAGGGAAGGAAGAGGCAAGACGGGGGCCAAGACGCUUUUAGACACGGAGCGUCCACGAGCGUCGCGACGCCCUGAGGAGCAGUAGUCGCGUACUUUAGGCAGCUUCCACCUUGCCGGCUCGCGGGCAACGCGUGCGAUUCCGUGCGACGUCGUCCGGCCGUCGAGACGUCGUCGUUGUCGUUGUCAUUGUCGUCAUAGUGCCGUAUCGUUUUAUUCGCGCAGUAGUGGACCUUCGUUACCUGGAGAACACACGGUUCUGCGGAUCGCGAGAUAGUGUUUCUCCACCCGAACAGCUUCACCAAUUCUUAUUCGAGGAGAUCCAAGUGCUCUCGAGUCCAUCUAGCCGGCCAUUAUUGACCCUGAAACCUCACUACCUGAAGGAUACGUCGAGUAAUCGGAUUAGGAGAAGUAGCUUGGUGCUCGGAACUGCUCAGGUUCCUCUCCAAGCUGGUAUCUCUCUUGGCACCCGGGGGACCAACGGAAUUAUCAUCGUCCAAGAAGAAUCGCGCGAUCUCGAUCACAGCUCGUCUUUCUCUCUCUUUCUCUCUUUCUCGGAGAAGUCUCCCUCAGCGAGUGGCGUCACGGCCGAGUAUCAAAGUGCAAAGUGGUGCGUCGUCCUGCACGGGACGUUCCGUUUCGCCCGAUGUGUCCUCCCGGUCGGACGAUGACGGAUCGUCGCGAGUGACAAGAAAUAAAGAAAGAGAGAGAGAGAGAGAAAGAGAGAAAUACACGCAUACAAGCGCGCGCUCACAGGCACACACCACCUGGCAUGGUAGAGCGAUCUUGCCAGGGGAAGUUGGUGGACGACUGACGACUGGUCGUCGGCUGUCGCGUACGACGCAGGAGGCAGAAUUCCGCGAAGGUGGUUCGCGUGGCGAGGAAGGAGAAGGACGCGACGAUGGCGGAGCGUCCCGGCGGCAGGAGACGCUCGCGUCGCGACAGCAUGGACACCGGGAGCUCGAUACGCGGCCCCCCGGCGACGUCCAAGGAACGCAGGACCAAGCGUUCCAGCAAGCCGUCCAAGGAGCGAUGGCUGCUGACGAGGAAGACCUGGCGGUACAUGACGGACGCCGGCAGACGUCUUAUCCCGGACGGUACGCACAAUCGCACGGAAGACAUACCGAAGAUCGAGCAGUAUUUCCAGGAAGUCUGCCAGAAGGAGCCGCGUUUCCUGCUGUGGAGGAAGGCCUCGUAUCCCGGCAGCUUGGGCUUCCGCACUCAGAGACGUCGGCGGGCGAUCAAAGGUGGCAGCUGUCGGACCCAAGCCAGCUCGGCCGACGAAGCGGACGACGCCAGGAGCUCGCCUCAGAGCUUCGUCCUUCACGCGACCACGUCUGGCAAGUUCGAUCUGGCGAAGGCGAAGAGAGAAUGGCUGCUGACGUCAGGCGGCGGCGACGGCGGUAGCACGCCGUCGAGUCCGGUGACGCGUCGCAAGGCGGAGGACACCGAGGCUAAAGAAUUGGCUGACAUGCUACAGAAGUACCUGAACAUGCAGGCUGACGCGGCUAAUCCGCCGAGGACAUCGGCCAAGUCCGCGGGAACAGCCGAGCAGACGGAAGGGAAGGAGCCCUUCGACUAUCGCAGCCUGAUAGACAAGCUUCAGCAGCACCUGGACUUGAUCGUAGCGCAGACCAGGCGCGAAGAGUCAGCUUCCUCCCGUCAAAGCUCUUCCGCCGUCGCCGAGAAGAACGUGGCCCCGACUGUGCCGUCUUAUCAGGGUGACUACGUGCACAAGUCGCUGAUGGAGACGUUGGGUCGUUACUACAGUAAAUCCUCCUCUCGGGAACACGUGGUCUCCGACAUUCUGACCGACCGGAAGCUCUUGGAGAAGCUCUACUUCGACCUGAGGUGCACCCGGGGUUUCAGGGGGCCCCGGGCCACCGGCGCCUACACCUCACCGUCCAGCAGAUGGUGGGAUCAUCAGCGCAGCAAGCCGCUCGGCAAAGAAUCCGACAGUUGGUCGUCCGACAAGCGAGAACUGAAAUCGCCGCCGCCUCUGAUCGCCGUCCAAGAACCCAGCACCGACCGGGGCUUCUUCGACAAUUGCGCGCAGACCGAGCCGGUCUCGCGAGCGAUCCUCGACACGAUCUUGCUCGAGAGGGAGAAGGAAGACCCGUCGAAGGAGCCGGGGUCGCAAAAGUCCAGCGGACGGAGGCGCAGCAGCGUCGACAACGACGACGUGUCGCCCUCCGUCAGCGACACCAUCAAGAGGUACCUGAGAAUGGCGCGGAAAAAGUCCAUGGACGCGGACAAGGUCGAUCGGUUCAAGCGGGUCAAUUACGACCGUAAUCUGCGCAACAUCAAGGCCAAGGGCGAGAUCACCAAGCCCGGCGACGACGACGGCAACAGCAAGGGCUGCCAGACCGAGGAGAACUGGGCUGUGAAUUAUCGGGAGAUGUCCGCGGACGCGCCGCCGUCCGAGAAUCUGUCGGACGCCGACACGACGACGUCGCCCGCGAGCAGGAACGCCAGCUCGCGGAGCAGCAUCGACGCCGGCCUCGGCUCCGAGGAGCCGUCCACCCCGAAACAACCCCACCACCACCAGUCCUUCCUGUCCCAUCUCCUGCACGGUUCCAACGCGCAUAAGGAUAAGCCGCACUCCGCGCCCGGUUCACCGGCACUCACGUCUGCGUCGACCAAUUCCGCAGGUGGCACCGCGAUGCAGAAGAGCAAGUCCUCGAGCAGCGUGGUCCAUCACGGCAGCCGGCUGGUGGCGAAGAAGAUCUGGCGCUCCAGGAGUAAGAGCACCUCCAGGGCGUCGCAUCAGCCGUCCGUGUGGACGCCCCAGGGAAAAUGUACUUGGGCAGGCACAGCGGGUCGGCGCGUGACCCUGCAGGACACACAGCUGAGAACGCUGUCCGAGAUCGAGAGGAAGGUUCUUUGCAAGGUGGCCGUGGCGAAGCUUCAAGCUCUCAAUCUGGGUGUGCACAUCAGGCCGCCGAGCGAAUCGGUCGGUAGCGGGUCGGCGACCACGAAGCCGAAGAGACGGGCGUACCUGCUGAAGAGGAAGGCUCUCACAACCGGCUUCUUCGACAAUAAAGGGAAGGACGAGAAGGACGUAGCCGGUGGCCUGGUGUUCGGUAUACCGUUGCCGCAGUGCAUAGAAAACGACAGGAUCGCUCGGAUCUCCGCCGGGGAGAUCGCCGACGUCGGUUCCCUGACCAGAAGCAGCAGGCACGGUAGCAGGGCCAGUUUCUCCAGCCUCAUAGAAACACCGACUACUAUCGCGGCGAAAACCGAGGAGGGAGGUUCCUGCGAGUCCUUAUCGUCGAAGGGCGGCGCUCUCACAGGAAGCGAUUCCGGGGUGCUCGAGCUGAGCGACAGUGGCGGAGGUGUCCUCAGCAGCGAAUGGGACGCGGUACCGGGCAUCGUGAGGCAAUGUAUCAGGCACCUCGAGGCCAACGGUCUUCGGACAUUAGGCGUGUUUCGCGUGUCACCCUCGAAAAAAAGGGUGAGGCAGUUAAGGGAAGACUUUGAUUGCGGUCGGGAGACCAAAAUAGGUCCCGACCAGUGUCCCCAUGACGUAGCCACCCUCCUGAAGGAAUAUUUCCGUGAUCUACCGGAUCCUUUGCUUUGCAGGGAUCUGUAUCAAGCCUUCGUGCAUACUCAAAAGAUCAGGAACAGACGGCUGCAGCAGGAAGCUCUUCAGCAUCUCAUUCAACUUCUACCCACGCCCAAUCGCGAGACUCUCUGGGCGCUCUUGAACUUCCUCAGCGUGGUCGCGGCGAACAGCGAGGACCAGAAGAACGAGGCCGGGGAGUGGAUGCCGGGGAAUAAAAUGGAUACGACGAAUCUCGCGACCGUGUUCGCACCGAACAUCCUGCACUGCAUGAAGCCCGGCCAGGUGAGGUCGGAAGUUUCGGCGGAGCGGGCCGAGGAGAGGAUAGACGUGAUAAACGUGAUGCGGGCGCUGCUCGAACACACGUCGACGUUGUUCACGGUGCCGGCCGCGUUGCUGGACGAAGUGUACCUGCACAUGAUGGACACCCAUCCGGUCGACCUGGAUAUGGUUCUAUCUCGUCGCGUUGAAGAGCAAUGCGGGGAUGAAGCGGAUCCCUGCAGCGAGGCGGAGACCUUCUCAGUGGAGGAGACGCUGACUACGUCGAACACGACCACCACCACGGCAACGACGACGUCGGCGAGGAAGAUGUGGACGAGAGAGCAGUGUCUCCAUCAGACCGCCGGAGUCGGCGGUGAUAUCGGACCAAGGCCACGACGGCCCAAGAGACCAGGAAGUCGAAGGAAAGAGGAGGGCAGGAGCAACAGUGUCGAUAGCGGAUCGAGCGAGGAUCCGGCUGAUCCUCGUAGAAGAUCCUCGCCAAUAGUGAUUACCGCCAGUCUCACCAUACCCAUGUCCGACGCGUUCACCUUGAACCUCGACGACCCGGACAUUCCUUACAUCGAAGAGGCGCCGAAGCAACCGAGCGCUCCCCCGAGGCGGCAGAGGCAGAGGUCCAUUUCCGGUUGCAGCGAAGGUGGUCGACACGGAAGUGACAGCGCCGUAGGCUCCUCGGCGACCCUGUCGGGCGACCAGGCGCCGAGUUCACCUCCCUCUUGGGCGUCGUCACCCCCCGCCAGUCCCGACAGCGCGGUCACCGCCGUUUCGUACAUCCCGCAGGAUCAGCAGGCGGUUCUCCAGAGAGUCUCGUUCACGACCUCGGGCGACCUGCGGCAAGUGAGCAGGUCGGCCAGCCAGGAAACGAGCAGGAGUACAGCGGCGCCGUACACACCGAGCAUCACCAGCAUCGGCGGUGCGGUUUUGAGGUCCAAGACCGAGGAUAUCGAGAGAAUGCUGCAGAUCGCGCGGCCGGAUGUCGACCCUGUGACCCUGCAGACCGGCAAGAACUCGACGGUGACCUCCAGCGAGAGCAAGAAGUACACGAAGAGGAGGUACACGGACUCGAGGCAUCAGACGCGCCACAUACCGGACGCCAACACCCUGGCCGGCAAGACGUCGUUGAGCGCGACGGCCGCGUCGUCGAUGACGAUGUCGUCCUCCGCCGCCUCGGCGAUCACGGCCACGCAGCGGGUGCCGGCGCAGUCGGUGUGGAAGAGGCGGGAAUUGAUCUCCAGUGCUCCGAAGGACAGGGAGGGAUAUUUCUGAGCUCUCACUUUCGCGCGAUCGUCGAGCCGAGAGUCGUCGAAAUCGAUCGCCGCUGAAUUCGCAGGCUGGGAUUCAGACGGACUUCAGACGGACGCUCAUCGGUCACUGUUGAGAGCAUGAUUAUCUUCGAUAGCGACGAUAAAACCGUUUGCUCCACCGUGUACAGGGUGUCUCAGACGGGAUUGAAUUAAUUGGAUCCAGAGAUUCUCGGAGCAAUUCUCUCGGAGACAGCUUUCAAUAGUCAACAUAUCUUUGUAAUUAAUGCCCGAAAUAAAUGUUCGUUAAAGCGAAGUCCACUUGAAAUAGAUGGAAGGAAAUCAUUUUUCGUUCAUUCAUUCGGUCGACCGAAGCUUGGUUUGCGAGAAACGCCGCUUUUUCGACCGUAUCAUUGACGCCUCGACGUUCCAGCCGAGGAAAAGUUAACUCCAAAUUGCUCAGCGAAUCUCUCGGUAAGAUUAGAAGUCUCGAGGUCUGAGAUAUCCUGUACGAGACAGUCCGGCUUUCCGGAACAACUAUGGACACGCGUCGACCUGGAAAUCGAUGCGACUCGAGGCCACCCGGGAAAACCCGGGAAAGUUCGCAGGGGGAUGCGGGCGAAUUUCCUUUUCGUCGGUCGCUUCGCGGUCGAAAACGUCGGUCGUCGAAUCGUCGAUAACGAGGAUAAUAUUCCAAAACGCGGCCUCGCGUCACUCGAGAGGGGAAGUUCCGAAAGAUUUCGCCCCCUCCUUUCUAUUGAACUCCGUGAAAAUCCACCGUUCGGAUGAAAGCGUCGCGACCGUGCGGGAUUUAUCGGUGGAUCGUAUAUACUCUCCAUAAAUACGCGCGUAGGCGAGGCGGGUGUAUCCCGAAGCGAGGGGCGGCAUGCUUUGAUACUUCUGUAUACCUUCGCGGAGACGGCGACGUCGCUCUACGGCGCACAAACAGGAAGGGCUAAGGGAAUAUGCGGGUGAUACGCGCUUGCGAAGGAGGAUAGCUCAUCGUAUACCGGGACGGUGUGUUUACAAACGUUCGCGUAUACAUAUUAAGCAUGCGAAGCGUAAACCGUCCUCCCAGCUUAUCUCGCUGCUCGCUAAGAAUACCAUCGAUCGGGAUGACGGCCGAGGAAAGAGAACUCUCUCUCGAGAGAGAAAAAAAUAGUCUCGCUAUCGAAACGCUCGUUCAACCUUACCGGGGAAUUGACUCACCAUGUGUACACCACGGCGUCAUGUUUUUCUUACCAUUCCCUGGAUUGAAAAUUACGCGAUUUUCAGUCUUACACGUAUGUAAUGUCGAAACCGUCAUAAUUAUACCCGUCCUAAUCAUAACCCUACUAUUAUAAUUAGAGUUACUAUGCAAUUUUCCGUCUUAUGCGUACAUGCAUAAGCUUGAAAAUCGUGUACUUCGGCCGACCAAUCAACGUGAACUUCUGACGAUUCUGCGGAGAAAAGUUAUACAAUUGUUGUUUAUAGAUUUUAUUAUAUGUUUACUUUAGUAUUGCAGAAAUUAUUGUAAAAAUGCAGGUUGAAGUAUAUUAGAGACUCGAGAAUGUCGAGAAACUCUCGGUCUAGCGAGUGGUAAAUUAUAUACGAUGCAGUGUACACACACACACACACACACACACACACACACACACACAUAGUCGGUAAAUUGAAUGUUGCAGCGCUUUUUCCUCGAUGAGUUUUCGCAAUGCAUCUCGUACAUUUAAAUGCGUUCGAUUCCUCCUUCAUCCUAACUUCAUUAUCGACAGAAUAUAACAAACAUCACGGUAAAUCGACAGUUCGCCGCGAAAUUCCACAAUAAAAAGAGAAAUCCCCUCGGAUAAUCGACAGAUGUCAUAUUUGUGUCGCUUCGAGAUGAAAUAAUUUUUUCCUGAAUUUAACACAUCGUCGACCGCGCGAAUCAUGCCUUUUACCAGACUUUUCAAGCUUCAUAUUCCGUAAAUCGUACCAUAUUUUGACCCGAAUUUUUACAAUAAUUCUUGCAAUACUAAACGUACACGUGGAAAAUUCGAAUUCCGGUCGACGAGAAUACGCGGUAGCUCGCGGAAACGUGACGAUAGAAAAACUUUCGGUACUCGAUGAAACGCGAGUUUCUCGAAACCGCUUCCUCUCUCGCAACGCCGCCUUCACUUACAGCGCGCCGACCGUCGCCUCGCACCGCGAUGUGAUUCAUCCUGUCGCGACGUAUCAUCGCCGUCUCCGCGCGGCAAAGGUGCCCCUUACGCUCGAUCAAGGCGCGUAUCGGCCAGCUCGCGUCUCCGUCUCUCUCGCACAGCCGAUUUCGCGAUUCGGUCGACCGGGGUAGUCACUGCCGUUCAGGCGUGGCCUGGAAAAGUGUUCCUCCGCUUCUCGCAUCGGGUAUCGUGGGUGGUGGUGUUGUUGGUUCCUAGACUACCGUCCUGCCGGCCGCGACGACGGAACGCGCAUUCUCGCGGCGGCAGUCUUUUAUCGACCGUUCGCGACCAGACCUUGGCAGUGCUGGGAACGGCUCGGAAGGACGGGAAAAUUCGCAUGGGAUGCAUGGUGAAACGUUACCUCUCUCUCUCUCUCUCUCCCUCUCUCUCUCUCUCUAUUUCUGUCUCUCCCUCGCGACUUUCCCCGCGGAACUACCGAUCAUCGCGAGAUCAGCGUCAAGCUCUUGAAAUUGUUGCCGCUCGCUGCGUCCGCUUCGUUCGGCGGCGAACGAUCGAGAAUCCUGAGAAAUCAAUUCGUCUUUUUAUUUGCUCUCCUCUCUUCCCUCCACUCUUCAUUCUCUCUCUCUCUCUCUUGCUCUUUCAUCUACGACGAGACUAUUAGCGUGAACUGUCGUGAAGAACGCGUGGCUCGAAAUUCAAGAGGCGCCGAAUCAUCGUCGUCGUUUUCUAUUCGCAAUGUCUCUCUCUCUCUCUCUUUCCCUCUGUAAGCUAAUAAAUGAAAGUUAAUUUUUUUACCACGCCUUGUACUUUAUUUCGACCUCGUCAUAGAUCAGGCCUGUCUUUAAACGGUUGAAGCGGAAAGUUCCAUCAAGUUGACUUCUCCUUCUCUCAAAUUACCGCUGCUGUGUGAUAAAUGGAUAUCU